AUGAAAAUGGCUUCCGGGGACGAGGAUGAUGAUUUGGAAGCCUUGCGUUUUGCCGUCCUGGCCUCCAUGAAACCUAGGGUUGAAGAUAAAGAUGAAACAUCAAGGGAUGGAGGCAGUGACACUGAGGAGGACCCAGAGUUAGCUGCCCUUAGAGCUGCAGCACUGAAAACCAAGGGACAGAACUCCUCCAGUAACAGAAUUGUACAAAGUCCAAAGUUUCCACAACCUAUUCCUCAGCAAAACAGUGCACCAAUAGUCACACACCAUUUCUCACGAGGGAGAGGGCAUGGCAGGGCCCGCGGACGAGGUCGGGGGUUACGUGGGGCAGGCCGUGGUGGCAUGGCACCUAACACCUUUCGUGGGGGUAAAGCUGGCAGUAAUCUGAUCGUCAUUAACACUGUCCCAGAAGAAGACCCUCUGUCAGGGACAGAGAACAGAAAACAGAUCCCCAACUCCCAUAAAGAAAUAUCCUCCAACAAUGUGUUUCUGAGGCCUCAGGAUAAAUGGGCGAGCUCUGUCUCUGAUAGCAACAGCGGGACAUCAUCCCCAAAUAGAUCCAAAGUUCCCAACAAAUUCAGCCGUAUUGAUUCUAGUGGAAGUGAUGAUUCAGAUAGCGAGUCUGAUUUUGACGAGUUGGUGCCAGGAGAGGAUGUUGAGAGUGAUUCAGAGAAAGAGGACGAUCAGUUGAACGUUGAUAUUUCAGAUAAGGAAGGAAAUGAAUGUGAGGAUGAACUGGGCGGAGAAGAAGUGGCAGGUUAUGAAAAUGGUCAAAGUUCAGAAAGUGAAAGUGGAGACCAAACUGAGAAAGAGACUGAGGGCAGUUCAGAUGUGAAUUUUCAGAAAUCUGAUAAUUCAGAAAGUGAAGAAGCUAGAACUAGUAAUGUUUCCUUAAACAUUGGUGCAGGUACUGAUACUAAUAGUAAUACAGAACCUGGCUCAGAACGUUGUCGAAUUGUCCAGUUUUCUCAUACAGAUCAAAGUGUGAAACAGCAACACAGUCCUGAGGAUUCUAGGGCUGUGGUUUCCCCACCUAAAGUACAGACAAAUAAAGUACAGAGUGCAGAAAAUGUGGUGAAACCUGUUAGUACAGGUGUGAGUAAUGUGAAAAGUAGACUGGGACUAAAGCCAAAUAUUCCAAAAGAAAAUGAAAGUUCAGAGCAAAGUGUGUGUAAUGUCAGACAUCCUGUAAGUGAAGCCAUGUCCCCUGAGGAAAAACAGUUAUUUGCUGCACGGCAGAAAAAAUUCAUGGAAAUUAUGGAAGUGAAAGACUUGAAGAAGACUGUUUCCUUAAAAGGUAUUGUCCCGCCAAAAAAGCCUAAACAAGAUGCUCGUAAAGAGCUACCAAAACAGUACAGACAUAAGCGCAACCGGAGUAGAUCUAACUCCAGGUCACCAUCCGGAAAAGUGUCCUCCAACCACAGGAAAAGGGAGAGACGGAAACACAAGGAGGCUGAGGCAGGGUCAAGAGUCAAAGGUCAGCGACAGGCCUCCCGGGAUUCUGUGAAGUUAGAGAGAAAGGUCAGGAAGUCUUUGAGCUCUGAUAGUGACAGUGACUCGGACAGAAGGUCAGCAUCAUUGUCUGAUAGUAACAGUAGUGACACAGAGGCUUUAACCUGGCGGUUCAAACAUACAGGCAAGUCAGCUCGCACAGAACGGGUGUCCAGCGGGCAGGCGACUUCAGUGUUUGAACGACCCCGUGCAGAUAUUGAGAGGGAGAGAAAGCAGAGACAACGUCUGAAAAGGGCAGAUAACUCCAGACCAGAAGGUAGAAACAGACGUAAUCACACACCUGAGAGGCGCCCAGUUCGUCACAGCCCCAGUCGACACCGAAGGAAACGUUUUGUCGAGGAAGUGUCUCCUGAACGUGAGACGAGACAAAGCUCAGUGAAAACUGUGGUCACCAGCGUUGUCAAAGUGAACAGUGAACCUGCGAGGUCUGUGAAACAAGCUGGUAUAGUAAAAAAUAGGAGUAGGAAUGCUCAAGUGAGAUCGCGUUCUCUGUCCCCAAGGUCAGAAAGUGGUAGUACUUCAAGUAGUGCAGAGGAGUCAGGCAAAAAACGUGAUGCUCGCAGUAUUAUUGUCUCCCUCAGGACUAAAGAUGGUGUGGAGAAAGAAGAGACUACAAAAGACCGGGGUGAUGCUGGUCCAGUGAAGGAAGAUGCUGAGAACAGAAUCAGUCCUGUUGUCAAUAUCACUUUUAAUUCUGAAUCUUCCACAAAGCCAAAAGUCUCAUCACGGGAUAGGGGAUCAAUUCACCAGCGGCUGGGGAUUCCUAUGAGAACUAAGGAUCCCGUAGACAGUAGGGAACUGGAUUCCGGGCAGCGUAAGCGACGGAGGCAUGUGAUGGAGGAAGAUGCCCUCGAUGAUAAGCCACUCAAGUUUGGAAUUCGCAAAACUGACAGUAGUAUUAGAUCAAGACCUGUGUUAGGCUUGGCUGUGCAUUCAAGCCCUGUUUAUACGAGUAAGGCCAAAAGACUUGUGAGAAAAGAUUCUGAUGAGGCCAAGGAAGAAGAAGCUGUGGUGAAAACAAACCACUUGAUUAGUGUAUCUCCCAGAGACCCUGAUCUGCCCAGGAGACUGUCACGCGAUGACAAGCGGAAGUCAGAAGAGAGGUCUGAUUCAGGGGCCAGCAAGAAAAUCAAAUUAAAAACCUCCCCAGAGAAUGCAGAUUUGCGAUCUGGUGGUGAUACAAACAGUACAAAAGGAAGGACCCCAGAGGAAAUCCAGCUUGAUGAGCGUAUACGGAAAAUCCAUGAGAAGAAUCAAGCUAUUUUGAAGCGACAGAGAGAGGUUAUACAGGACAAGAAACUGUAUGGCUGACCAUCUCAGAUUACACUCAUAAAUUUUCUGGUGUUGAACUGUUCUGCUGUUAUGUUGGCUUUUUACUAAUUUAGUACAGCCAGUCCUGAGAAAAGUUUUGAGCGAGAAAGGGAGAUAACUUUUUGCGGCAUUUCAUAUUGAAAAAAGAAAGAGGACCCAAUACAUACUUUUUGUACCAUCACUUGCUUUACUGUGUCAAGAACAACAGAAGUAAAUUGGCCAUAUUCGUUUGAAUAAGAGACGUGCAAUAAUUUAAUUGUUAGAAAGACAA